AUGGAACCUUCCUCCUGCUCUCCAACGCCCUCUCUCGCCCUCGGUAUCAUCAACCACGUAUAUCUACCGCCGUGCAUCGAAGGAUACUCCUCCAACUGGCUACCUAGCCAGCUGCAGGACUACGUCGCGCGCAGUCCGUCACCAAGGGCCAAGGCAGUACAGAGAGAGCACCGUCCUACACCUCCUGAACAACCCAUCGCUCGCUUGAGCCCCCUACCCAAUCCCAACGUGCCCAUCCGAUGGACAACCACACCAGUUCCCAGGCCGGUUCUUCGGCGUCUCUCCCCUCCCCACACCUAG